UUCCUGCAGCAACAGCCGGCGUCCCGAGUAUCCCGUCGCUGCGCUCCGGAGCUGGCUUCCUGCGCCUGGACGGGGUGAAGCGGCGACUGGGGUGGAGGGUGGCCGGCGGGGCCGGGGCGGGAGGCGCAGGUAAGAGGCGGCCUGUCGCGCGGCCGGCUGGCGCUGAGAGCCCGGGAGAAGGCCGGUUUGAGGAGCUCCGGGGCCAGAGCGGAGGGGAAGGCUGAAGUGAGGGCGAGAGCUGGCGUUUCCUAACCGUGUCGGGAGGCCGGACUGCGGCCGAGGCUGGGCAACGAAGGGCAGAGAGCCCGCGCCGGUAGCGAGCCGGCUCCCUGAUUCCCCGGUUGCCCCUUCUCUGGCGAGCGGGGAAGGGAGCCGUGUGCGGCUGUUCUUGAAGACGUUUCUUCGGAAACAUUUGAAGUUCCCUUGCCCGUCUCUUGUCCCGCGUCCCCGAGCUUGUUUUGGAGGUGCACAGUCCAGUUCCUCCUCCUGUCAGUUGCCUCCGUAGACUGAAGAAGAAAGUUCCUGGGCUACAGAAAACGACACCAAUAGUGGGUUUUCAAAUAUGUAUAUGCCUCCUUAAAUGAUUGCUUCUGCUAUUUGAGUCCGUUCCAUUUCUACCCGUGUUUGAGGAGGAGACUUGAUUUCCCAACUCAUGAGAUGGCCACAGAUGAUAAGGCUUCCCCAACAUUGGACUCUGCUAAUGAUCUGCCGCGGUCUCCUACUAGUCCUUCUCAUCUCACACACUUUAAGCCUUUGACUCCUGAUCAGGACGAACCUCCUUUUAAAUCAGCGUAUAGUUCUUUCGUCAAUCUCUUUCGAUUUAACAAAGAGCGUGCAGAAGGGGGCCAGGGAGAGCAGCAGUCUCUAGCUGGAAGUUGGGCCAGCCCUCAGCUUCCUUCAAGAACACAGUCUGUGAGGUCACCUACACCUUAUAAAAAACAGCUUAAUGAGGAACUCCAGCGACGAUCUUCAGCAGUAUUAGAAGAGAACAGUUUGCAACAUCCCCAGGAGAACACAGACACUAGAAGGAAAGCAGAACCUACCUUUGGAGGUCAUGACCCUCGUACAGCUGUUCAGCUUCGAAGCCUCAGCACAGUAUUAAAACGCCUCAAGGAAAUCAUGGAGGGGAAAAGCCAGGAUAGCGACCUGAAGCAAUACUGGAUGCCAGAUAGCCAAUGUAAAGAAUGCUAUGACUGUAGUGAGAAAUUUACGACCUUCAGGCGCAGACACCAUUGCCGACUGUGUGGGCAGAUUUUUUGCAGUCGUUGCUGUAAUCAAGAAAUCCCUGGAAAAUUUAUGGGCUAUACAGGGGACCUCCGAGCUUGUACAUACUGUAGAAAGAUAGCUUUAAGUUAUGCUCAUUCCACAGACAGUAAUUCCAUUGGGGAAGACUUGAAUGCUCUUUCUGAUUCUGCUUCCUCUGUGUCUAUACUGGAUCCAAGUGAACCUCGAACACCUGUUGGGAGUAGAAAAGCUAGCCGCAACAUAUUUCUAGAGGAUGAUUUUGCCUGGCAAAGUUUGAUUCAUCCAGACUCUUCAAAUACUCCUCUUUCAACAAGACUUGUAUCUGUUCAGGAGGAUGCUGGGAAAUCUCCUGCUCGAAAUAGAUCAGCUAGCAUUACUAACCUGUCACUGGAUCGAUCUGGUUCUCCUCUGGUAUCUUCAUAUGAGACAUCUGUCAGUCCCCAGGCUAACCGAACCUAUGUUAGGACAGAGACCACUGAGGAUGAACGCAAAAUUCUUCUGGACAGCGUUCAGUUAAAGGACCUGUGGAAGAAAAUCUGCCAUCACAGUAGUGGAAUGGAGUUUCAGGAUCACCGUUACUGGCUGAGAACGCAUCCCAAUUGCAUUGUGGGAAAAGAAUUAGUCAACUGGUUAAUCCGAAAUGGACACAUUGCUACGAGGGCACAAGCUAUAGCCAUCGGACAAGCAAUGGUCGAUGGACGUUGGCUGGAUUGCGUCAGUCAUCACGACCAGCUUUUCAGGGAUGAGUACGCACUGUACAGACCACUGCAGAGUACAGAAUUCUCCGAGACCCCUUCUCCAGACAGUGACUCAGUGAACUCUGUGGAAGGACACUCUGAGCCAUCCUGGUUUAAAGACAUAAAGUUCGAUGACAGUGACACGGAACAGAUAGCUGAAGAAGGUGACGAUAAUUUGACUAAUUCUGCCAGUCCUAGCAAGCGCACAUCAGUCAGCAGCUUCCAGUCCACAGUGGACAGUGACUCAGCCGCUUCCAUCAGCCUGAACGUGGAGCUGGACAACGUGAACUUCCAUAUCAAGAAGCCCUCCAAGUACCCACAUGUGCCCCCUCACCCUGCUGACCAAAAAGAGUAUUUGAUUUCUGACAAUGGAGGACAACAACUCUCGAUAAGUGACGCCUUCAUUAAAGAAUCCUUAUUUAAUCGUCGAGUUGAGGAGAAAUCCAAAGAGCUCCCUUUCACACCUUUGGGCUGGCAUCAUAACAACCUGGAGCUGCUGAGGGAGGAGAAUGGAGAGAAACAAGCCAUGGAGAGGUUGCUUUCAGCUAAUCAUAACCACAUGAUGGCACUACUCCAACAGUUGCUCCAUAAUGAGUCAUUGUCACCAUCUUGGAGGGACAUCAUCGUAUCACUGGUCUGCCAGGUUGUUCAGACAGUCCGACCUGAUGUCAAGAACCGGGACGAUGACAUGGAUAUCCGUCAGUUUGUCCAUAUUAAAAAAAUUCCAGGUGGAAAGAAGUUUGAUUCUGUGGUUGUCAAUGGAUUUGUUUGUACCAAAAAUAUUGCACAUAAAAAGAUGAAUUCUUGUAUUAAAAAUCCCAAAAUUCUUCUGUUGAAGUGUUCCAUCGAGUAUCUCUACAGAGAAGAAACUAAAUUUACUUGCAUUGAUCCUAUUGUUCUUCAGGAAAGGGAAUUCUUGAAGAAUUAUGUUCAGCGAAUAGUUGAUGUUCGACCCACGUUGGUUCUAGUUGAAAAAACAGUAUCUCGGAUUGCCCAAGACAUGUUACUAGAACAUGGCAUUACUUUGGUCAUUAAUGUAAAAUCACAAGUUUUAGAACGAAUCAGUCGGAUGACCCAAGGUGAUUUAGUAAUGUCGAUGGACCAGCUGCUUACAAAACCCCACCUGGGCACCUGUCACAAAUUUUAUAUGCAGAUGUUUCAGUUACCUAGUGAGCAAACCAAAACACUGAUGUUUUUUGAAGGCUGUCCACAGCACCUGGGUUGCACGAUCAAGCUUAGAGGGGGCUCUGAUUAUGAGCUGGCUCGAGUUAAGGAAAUCCUAAUAUUUAUGAUCUGUGUAGCUUACCAUUCUCAACUAGAAAUCUCCUUCCUCAUGGAUGAGUUUGCUAUGCCUCCUACGUUAACACAGAACCCUUCCUUCCAUUCUCUGAUCGAGGGGCGGGAGGAUGAAGGGACUGCACAGGAGCCAUUCAGCGGAAGUCCCCUCACCCGGGAGCCCAACUUCCCUGCAGAGCUUUUGCCCUCCGAGGACGGCAGUUUGCUAGAACCGAGGACUGUGUUUGAGAAGGGCGACCAGGAAAAUAAAAGCGUGACCCAGGAUGCUGCCUCUUUGAAGCAUCAAGAGUAUGCCACGACAGCUUGCGCAGCAGGUAUCCCCUGUGCUCUCUUUCCAUCGGUCCCGGAGUCACUGUUGCCGCUCCACGUGGACGACCCGCAGGAUGCCCUGGGCAUGGAGCAGCCGGAGCCCUUGCAGCACGCGGAUGAGCUACAGGAUCCCAAAAGCCGGAUGAGAACCUUUAGAGACCCUUUACAGGACGACACUGGAUUGUAUGUGACCGAGGAGGUUACCUCUUCUGAAGAUAAACGAAAGACUUAUUCUUUGUCCUUUAAACAGGAAUUGAAAGAUGUGAUCCUCUGUAUCUCCCCAGUAAUCACAUUCCGGGAGCCCUUCCUUCUGACUGAAAAGGGGAUGAGAUGCUCUACCCGAGAUUAUUUUGCCGAGCAGGUGUACUGGUCUCCUCUCCUCAAUAAAGAGUUCAAGGAAAUGGAGAGCAGACGGAAGAAGCAGCUGCUCAGGGAUCUCUCCGGCCUCCAGGGCAUGAAUGGGAGCAUUCAGGCCAAGUCUAUUCAAGUCUUGCCCUCGCACGAGCUAGUGAGCACUAGGAUUGCGGAGCAUCUUGGGGAUAGCCAGAGUUUGGGUAGGAUGCUGGCCGAUUACCGGGCCAGAGGAGGAAGAAUUCAGCAAAAAAAUGCAGACCCUUUUGCUUAUUCAAAGGAAGUACCUGGAUCAGCAAGUGGCAGAUCAGGAAGCAAAACUGAGGGUGAUGAAGAGAAGGGGUUGAUUCCGAAUGACGCGGUGUGGGCCACAAAGGUGGACUGUCUGAACCCCGUGAACCACCAGAGACUGUGUGUGCUCUUCAGCAGCUCUUCGGCCCAGUCCAGCAACGCCCCCAGUGCCUGCGUCAGUCCUUGGAUUGUAACGAUGGAAUUUUAUGGAAAGAAUGAUCUUACAUUAGGAAUAUUUUUAGAGAGAUACUGUUUCAGGCCUUCUUACCAGUGUCCUAGCAUGUUCUGUGACACCCCCAUGGUGCAUCAUAUUCGGCGCUUUGUCCAUGGCCAAGGCUGCGUGCAGAUAAUCUUGAAGGAGCUGGAUUCUCCAGUGCCUGGGUAUCAACAUACAAUUCUUACCUAUUCCUGGUGCAGAAUCUGCAAACAGGUAACACCAGUUGUUGCUCUUUCCAAUGAGUCCUGGUCCAUGUCAUUUGCAAAAUACCUUGAACUUAGGUUUUAUGGGCACCAGUACACUCGCAGAGCCAAUGCUGAGCCAUGUGGUCACUCCAUCCACCAUGAUUAUCACCAGUAUUUCUCCUAUAAUCAGAUGGUGGCAUCUUUCAGUUAUUCUCCCAUUCGGCUUCUCGAAGUAUGUGUUCCACUCCCCAAAAUAUUCAUUAAACGUCAGGCCCCAUUAAAAGUGUCCCUUCUUCAGGACCUGAAGGACUUCUUUCAAAAAGUUUCACAGGUGUAUCUUGCUGUUGAUGAAAGACUUGCAUCUUUGAAAACAGAUACAUUUAGCAAAACGAGAGAAGAAAAAAUGGAAGAUAUCUUUGCACAAAAAGAGAUGGAGGAAGGCGAGUUCAAGAACUGGAUCGAGAAGAUGCAAGCGAGGCUCAUGUCUUCCUCAGUGGACACCCCUCAGCAGCUGCAGUCUGUCUUCGAGUCCCUCAUCGCCAAGAAGCAAAGUCUCUGCGAAGUGCUGCAAGCUUGGAAUAACAGAUUACAGGACCUUUUCCAGCAGGAAAAGGGUAGAAAGCGACCUUCAGUUCCUCCAAGUCCUGGAAGACUGAGACAGGGGGAAGAAAGCAAGAUAAGUGCGAUGGAUGCAGCUCCAAGAAAUAUUUCUCCAGGGCUUCAAAAUGGAGAAAAAGAGGAUCGCUUCCUAACAACCCUGUCCAGUCAGAGCUCCACCAGUUCUACCCAUCUCCAGUUGCCUACUCCACCAGAGGUCAUGCCUGAACAGCUGGGGGCAGGGCCCCCUGACCUCGACACAGCCAGCAGCUCUGAAGAUGUGUUUGAUGGACAUUUGCUGGGAUCCACAGACAGCCAAGUGAAGGAAAAAUCAACCAUGAAAGCCAUCUUUGCAAAUUUGCUUCCAGGAAAUAGCUAUAACCCUAUUCCAUUUCCUUUUGAUCCAGAUAAACACUACCUAAUGUAUGAACAUGAACGGGUGCCCAUUGCGGUUUGUGAGAAGGAACCCAGCUCCAUCAUUGCUUUUGCUCUCAGUUGUAAAGAAUACCGAAAUGCCUUAGAGGAAUUAUCCAAAGCGACUCAGCGGAGCAGUGCUGAAGAAGGGCCUCCAACAAACAGUACUUUAGAUAGCAGACCAAAGAGUAGCAGCCCUAUUAGAUUACCCGAGGUCAGUGGAGGACAGACAAACCGUACAGCAGAAGCAGAACCACAGCCAACCAAAAAGGCUUCUGGAAUGCUGUCCUUCUUCCGAGGGACAGCAGGGAAAAGCCCUGAUCUCUCUUCCCAGAAGAGAGAGACCUUACGUGGAGCAGAUAGUGCUUACUACCAGGUUGGGCAGACAGGCAAGGAGGGGACGGAGAGUCAAGGCAUUGAGCCUCAAGAUGAGGUAGAUGGAGGAGAUACACAAAAGAAACAACUAAUAAAUCCUCAUGUGGAGCUUCAAUUUUCUGAUGCAAAUGCCAAGUUUUACUGUCGCCUGUACUACGCGGGAGAGUUUCACAAGAUGCGCGAAGUGAUUCUGGGCAGCAGUGAAGAUGAUUUCAUUCGUUCUCUUUCCCACUCGUCACCCUGGCAGGCCCGCGGGGGCAAAUCAGGAGCUGCCUUUUAUGCAACUGAGGAUGACAGAUUCAUUUUGAAGCAGAUGCCUCGUCUGGAAGUCCAGUCUUUCCUCGACUUCGCACCGCACUACUUCAGUUACAUUACAAAUGCUGUUCAACAAAAGAGGCCCACUGCAUUGGCUAAAAUUCUUGGAGUUUACAGAAUUGGUUAUAAGAAUUCUCAAAACAACACUGAGAAGAAGUUAGAUCUCCUUGUCAUGGAAAAUCUUUUCUAUGGGAGAAAGAUGGCACAGGUUUUUGAUUUGAAGGGUUCGCUUAGGAAUAGAAAUGUAAAAACUGAUACUGGGAAAGAGAGUUGUGAUGUGGUCCUGCUGGAUGAAAAUCUCUUAAAGAUGGUUCGAGACAACCCUCUGUAUAUCCGUUCUCAUUCCAAAGCCGUGCUGAGAGCCUCGAUCCGUAGUGACUCCCACUUUCUUUCUAGCCACCUCAUUAUAGACUACUCUUUGCUGGUUGGACGAGAUGAUACUAGCAACGAGCUGGUCGUCGGAAUUAUAGAUUAUAUUCGAACAUUUACAUGGGACAAAAAGCUCGAGAUGGUUGUGAAAUCAACAGGAAUUUUAGGAGGACAAGGUAAAAUGCCAACUGUGGUCUCUCCGGAGUUGUACAGGACUAGAUUUUGUGAAGCGAUGGACAAAUAUUUCCUGAUGGUUCCAGACCACUGGACAGGUUUAGGUCUGAACUGCUGAAAGGGAGCACAUGAUUUUGAAAUGGACCGUGAAUGAGAGGGGCCCGGAACAAAGGACCAAAAAUAAGCUACAUGUUUUAUUUCUUCAUCACAUUCACCACUGUAUGCCAAGGCCUUCCCGUUCUUUGGUCGAGUGGGCCGUCUGUAACUGAAGGGUUAAAACAUCAUGGAUUUGCACUUUGGUUUUCGAUAACUACAAAUUAGCUCUCUUAUGCUGGGAAGUUGCAUAACAUUUUCCACUUAAGCUAAAAUACAGACACAUUUCAAAGGGCUAAAGACGAAUGUAUGGUAAGAGGUGAGGAGAUAAGGGUGAAAAAAUGGGGUGUUGGUUUUGGUAACAGUCCUGUUAAGAAAAUAAUGCUUCCUAGAUUUUGGCUUUCCCAGCGUCUCAUUUGACAUACUCUUUACUUAGCAUUUGUAGAGGUGGUGAAUUUGUUUUGUGUCUCUUACCUAAAAGUAUAAUGUUGCCUAUUAUCAGAUUUUCUGAAACCUUUAAAAAAUUCUGAAUUACUCUCUUAGUGGCCAGUGAAAAAAAUGGACCCAGUCUGUUCUUGUUUUAUUGGGGCAUUUGACUUAAAUUGGGAAUCCUGUUGUGUUCUUAAAGGUAAGAGUGUUUUUUGAGUUUUUCAGUGUGCUUGCUGUGUUUUAAGUUCUGUCUUCUCUGCGGGUGACAGGAGACUCUAGCCAUUAACUGUAAGCCUUCUUUUGGAGCUGUUUUUUAAGCUUGUUUAUAACUUUUGUGCAAUUAAUAUGUUCAACUGCACUUACCCACACAUGCUCAUAUUCUAGGUUUUCCUCCACUUUCAGGGAAACAGUAAAUUGGUCUAUUGUGACUGACUUCCCAAAGGGAGAAUUACUGAGGAUUUCUUUUUUUAAUGGAAAAAAUAAAUUGGACCUUACCCAAGAUAUUGGGUGAGACGUAAACACUUGCUUGUUUUCUGUAAAGGUAAAGUGUCUUUUUCAAUAUAAAUAGCGAUUUAAAUGACCUCUGUAAAACUAAGAGGUUUCUAGUGUGGACAUCUGUUUAUUAACUUUCUGCACUAGUUUCUCGGCCAGUUCUGAUUAUUGAGAAAUGUUAAGACAUAAAAUAUUUGUAGUAAGGAACUUCUUGUUUAAUAGAGUUUUUCUUUGUUUAAAAGUGAUCUGAGACAGUACUAAACUAACCUUGAGGAAAUAACAGAAGGACAAAUACUUCCUCGUGGCUGCUCUCCCUAACAAGGGUAAUUUGGGGAUUUAUAAAGUUUUAUAAAGUUCUCUUUUCAGGCUUCCUCUAAUAGCACAUUUCUAUUGUAACUUUCACAAAAUAAGAAAAAGAAGUCUGGGUACAUUCCAGUUACAGAGACUGUAAGUAUGUGAAAUAGGAACAUUUUGGAAAGUUUGCUUUAGAGAAGGAAAGCAUUAGUUUGGUGUUGGAUGCUUAUUGGAUACAUGGUUUGUUUUGAACUAGUUAACAAGUUGACCAAGGUCUUAGGACUAAUUUUAAGCACUUUUUAAAAUAAACGUGGUGUGCCUUUUGAAACUCACAGAACACUAGUGGUUUUAAUUUUGAUAUUACAGGCGAGAAAAGGAUGGGCUCUGGCAGAAGUGAAACAGGUGGAUGGAAUGUAACUUCUCCAGUCCAGAACAAUGUCUCUGUUCUUUUUUUCAGUCAGGAUACUUAGGAUUAUUUGUCCAUUUCCUGCACCCUCAUUCAUGCACUCCCCAGGAGAAGGUAGCUUUCCUUCACUGUAGUCAGGUGGUUUCUUUGUUUUGGUCUCAAUACCAAAUAUGUGGAGCUGGAAUCCUCCCCUGGAAUAAUUCCUGACUGUAGUGUGUGUCACGUUUUCCCUGCCCAUGACUUGAAGACCUCUUUUUUAAAGCACUGCUGCCUCUUAGAUAAUUUUGAGGCUAAAGAAGUUCCAGUAUAAUACGAUCCCAAGCAAUACUUGCUGCCUUGCAAGGGUGAUCUGUCCUUUUAAAAUGUCUUAAUGAAAGGGAAGUAAAUUUGUGAGUGGUAGAACUCUAUAUAUCCUCACCCACCCCCGCUGCUUUUGUGGAGGCCGCUACUAUAUGUGUAUAUAAGGGGCUUCCAGUGUUGUGCUCCUUGGUGUUAAGCAUUGAAUGACCACUCACGUCCCUUGAGUUCCCUUCUGAGGUUUGGAGAAUAUUGAUGUUGAAAAGUUAAGACUGAGGAAGAAAUCUUACUACUUUCUUCCUUAGAAUAAAAUACAAAUCCUGAGAAAAUGGAUAGUAGCACAAGAAAACUCUGUGAACGUGUUGCAUUGUAUAGACAUCUUAUUUAUAAAUAUGAAGGGUUUUGAUGCCAUCAACACUUUAUGGAAAAAUUUAAAAGAUUUACUUUUUCUUACCCAAGUCUGAGAAAAAUAAGGGGAUUCGGCUAUUGCAAGCCCUUUUGUAGUUUGUUGACUAAUUUAAAUUUGUAGACAUUCAAAAUUUCCUACAAAAUGCUGCUUAUAAUUUUUUUCUUGAUCCAGCCAUUAGUGGUUUUCCAGCUUUGGCUUUUAUUGGGUAUCGUGAAUAGGUUUGUAUUGGUUUUGGUGGCAUCAGUGUCUCCUUGGCAUUUUACUGAUUAGCAUUCGGCCAAGGAAGAGUCAUCUACCUGCAGAAAGUUUAUUUAGCUAGCAGAAUGGAAACUUGUGAAUGAGCCUGGUGGUGAAACCGGUCAGGCCAUUCAUUGUUCCUCAAGUGUCAACAUACUGACUUAGACAGUAUUCAAACCAUCUAGUGCAAUGCCUUUUUGUUUAUUUGUUUUUGUAACACGGGUGCAGUGUAUUAUAGAAAACAAAAAUUACAAUCAUGAGCAGUUUUAUUAAUGCUGCUCUGCUGGUUUUGUAAAAAAUGUACAUUAUGUCUUUUGACAGGUUUGAUUUUAACUAGAGAAAUGACAUUGUAAAUCAUAAUAUUCUCUUUUAAUUUAAUACGAAGAAUUCAAUUAACAAUAUUGAAAAUGCUUAAUGUAUUAUAUUGUAUAUAUUUCUCUACUUUGGUUCUAGCUGUUUUAUAUGAUUGACAUGUUAUUUAAGAGAUAAAACUGCCUUGACCUUUUGGAGACUUACACUGUAAAUAAAGAAGACUUAAAAUAACUGAGAA